AUGGCCGAUUACCUGCUUUUUGAGAGUCCUGUGGGCUACUCACUUUUCAAGGUUGCCCUUCAGGGUGAUGCCGUGGGCAACCGCCUGAAGGAAGUCCAGGAGGGUAUCAAUGACCUUGCUAAAUUUGGAAAGAUGGUUGACGUCGCCAGUUUCCUGCCUUUCGAAAACAACAAGCAGGCUCUUGGUGAAAUUAACGACGUUUCCGAGGGUGUUGCGUCAGAGACCCUCAUUUCUUUCCUCGAAUUGAACCUCCCUAAGCCAGGCAAGAAGAAGAAGGUAGUUUUAGGAGUCUUGGACAAGGGUCUUGCCAGCAGCAUCAAGUCCGCCUUUGACUUUGUGGACUGUGAGACUGGCGAUACCAGCGAGCUGGUGCAGGACCUCCUCCGUGGUCUUCGCCUGCACUUCACCAAGCUGCUGAAGCAAUUGCGUGAUGGCGACUUGGACACCGCUCAGCUUGGUCUCGGUCACGCCUACUCUCGUGCCAAGGUCAAGUUCUCUGUCCAGCGUGACGACAACCACAUCAUCCAGGCUAUUGCUAUCCUUGAUCAGCUCGACAAGGCCAUCAACACAUUCGCUAUGCGUGUCCGUGAAUGGUACUCCUGGCACUUCCCCGAGUUGUACAAGAUUGUUUCCGACAACCAGCGCUAUGCUGAGGUUGCUCUCGUCGUGAAAGACAAGAAGACAUUGAGUGAUGACCGUCUGCACGAGAUCGCCGAACUUGUCGAUGAUGACAAAGGUAUUGCGCAGAACAUCAUCGACGCUGCCAAGCACAGCAUGGGUCAAGAUAUCUCCGAGUCUGACAUGGACAACGUUACUGCAUUUGCCGAGCGUGUGGUUAGCCUUUCGAAGUACCGCAAAUCCCUCUACCAAUACCUUGUUUCCAAGAUGAGCGUCGUUGCCCCCAACCUUGCUGCUCUGAUCGGCGAGGUCGUUGGCGCUCGGCUGAUCUCCCACGCCGGUAGCUUGACCAACCUUUCCAAGUACCCUGCCUCUACUGUUCAAAUUCUGGGUGCAGAGAAGGCUCUUUUCCGUGCUCUCAAGACCAAGGGUAACACGCCCAAGUAUGGUCUUCUCUACCACUCCUCAUUCAUUGGCCGCGCUGGUCCCAAGAACAAGGGCCGAAUCUCUCGAUUCCUCGCCAACAAGUGCUCUAUUGCCUCUCGUAUCGAUAACUUCUCCGAGAUCCCCUCAACCAAGUUUGGUGAGGUGCUUAAGCAGCAGGUCGAAGAGCGCCUGGACUUCUACUCAACCGGUGCUGCUCCUACCAAGAAUGAGGUCGCCAUGAAAACUGCCAUGGAUGCUAUCUUGGCCGGUGUCGACAAUAUUGAUGGUAGCGACGAUGAAAUGGAGGACAUCAAGCCUACCCCCAAGAAGGAGAAGAAGGAGAAGAAGGAGAAGAAAGAGAAGAGCGACAAAGGUGACAAGAAGAAGAAGCGCAAGUCCGACGUGGGCGAGGGUGAGUCCGACAAAAAGAAGAAGCGCAAGCACGACGCCGAUUCCGAGCCUACAAAGAAGAAGCAAAAGGCAUAG